GUGAGUGAGUGAGUGAGUGAGUGAGUGAGUGAGUGAGUGAGUGUAUGUGUGAGUGAGGGGGUGAGGGAGUGAGUGAGUGAGUGAGGGAGUGAGGGAGUGAGGGAGUAGCACAAGCACCAGCUGACAAUGAGUGGCAGUGUCUGUUGUUUCAUCUGCCUGAACAGCCAGAUAAUCUGCCCUUUUUAUAUCCUCCAGAAUCUGGAAGAACCGUCAGCAGACAGUCCAAAAGUUGGUUCUGAACUGUCUUUGAGGCCUUUAACCACAGUGGCGGUCUUCAGGUGCUCCUCUACUACACCGUCCAGCGAGCCCACAAGGUCGACUAAUCCCCGAAAAAUGCCGGGGUUGUCGGACGAUGCUGUCUCAUCGCGGUCUCGCAAUGCCAGCUCAAAAGCUCCACAGAAUUUCACACACUCGAUCCUCGGUCCAGCUCUUCAUUGUGUUUUCUGACCGCGAUCCUGUGUCCUUCAUCCAGCUGCGCAGCUCUGCUAGUCCUGCCUAGCACGGCUAGCUUGACGGCGUUGUUCAUGUGCACCUUCGAGCAUUCAUGUUUUUAAAUCCGCUGAUAAAUGUUUUAGGUCUCUAACUCCUGUUACAGUCCAUGUAAUAUCUGCCCCCGGCAUUUUAAAAAGUAAACACGGGAAGCAGAAUACUGCAUUUGCAAAACAACAUCGAGUUAGCCAAGCCUUCAUGUCAUACCGGUUCAGAGAGAAGCUCCUCUGGUGAGUUUUACCUUUCUCCUGUCUGCUGUGUUAAAUUCAGACCCGGCUUCUCAGCUCCAAGUUCUUUAACAAAGUUUUCCCCCUAAAGUUCUCCUUUCGAAGUGGUUUAAAGAGUGAUUUUACAGAACUUACGGGUAGCUGAAGCUCUGCGUGUUCUUGUUCUUGUCUACUUUACGACGCCGUCUCGAUUUCCCACACUUGUUUCUGGUUGCUAGGAUACUUACAGGCCCCAAGGCGAUAUUUUCAGCGCCCCAAGCUUAACAAAUUCGAUGACGCUAAUUGGCUAAAUUACCCGUUGCUAUGUGUUUUUUUGUCUCAGCAACAGUCCACCAUUGGCUGAGCUGCUGCAGUGCUGGGGCAACUUUUCUAGCGCCCCAGGAGAGAGGGCAAAUGACCGUGGACACAAAUUACCCCGUAAAUAAUGGUUUAUAUUAUAUAUAUGGCUCGUUCUUUAUCAUUCAAAACACAUUUAUUUGUAAAAUAAGCAGUAAUCAUUUAUUUUAAACGAUUAUUUUGGGAAAAAUAAAAAUAAAUAAAAACAUUUAAAAAUCACUUUCCAACAGGGAGGGCGGCGCCCUAGCGCCCCCUAUUGACCAGCCGCCACUGGUACACAACCUUCAGUAGCACUACACAGUAGAAAUACUUUAGUCCUGCAGAGUACACAACCUUCAGGAGUACUACACAGUAGAAAUACUUUAGUCCUGCAGUGUUUGACUGCUGAGGAAACAAGGAGGAAGGAGAGGAAAUAAGGAAGCUGCUAGGAAAGGAAACACAAGUGAAAAUAAGAUGAGAAUGUUUUUAUUUUUUAUUCUUGAUGUUUUAAUUAAAUGUUGUAAUUAAAUGUUGUAAUUAGUCUUGAAUCAUUGGUCAUGUCAUUAAUCCAGAGCUGAUUUCUCGUCAGUAUUCUCAGCUGCUGAAAUGAGAUUCUCUGUUUCACUCAUAAUAAAUGAAUAAAUAACUUGUUACUUUCUAAUAUUUCAAUCAAACACAUCUGGACAUGUUGAUGUCUGUCACAUGUUUAGUUUCAUUCACAGUCAGAACAUGAGAAACAUGAUGAAUGAAUAUUUUUAUCAGAGAAGGUUCUGUGAGGAAAUCGCUUCAGAUCAGCAGUAACUCUUUGUAUCUAUCAGCUCAGGAUCAAUAUUAAUACAGGAUCAAUAUUACAGGUUUUUACGAUUGCUUACACACAAAAAUCUAAAACAAUACACAGAUUUUGAAACUCCACACAUGAUCAAGAUUUUCCUCAGGUGUCCUUCAGACGCUGCAUCGACUGUGGGCGGGUCCUUUGUUGAUGCAGCUCCACCAAUCCUGAGCGAGCAACAGCACACUGACAUUAGCAUGAGGCGGAAGUAAAGCCCGAGCUCUGCCGGUGCCACGUCACUCACCUCAGGAAACAGACUAAGGAAACAUGCCUGACCCAGUGAAAGCACCGAAGAAGGGCUCCAAGAAAGCCGUCUCCAAGUCCGUGUCUAAGACCGGCAAGAAGAAGAGGAAGACCAGGAAGGAGAGCUACGCCAUCUACGUGUACAAGGUGCUGAAGCAGGUCCACCCCGACACCGGCAUCUCCUCCAAGGCCAUGAGCAUCAUGAACUCCUUCGUCAGCGACAUCUUCGAGCGCAUCGCCGGAGAGUCUUCCCGCCUGGCUCAGUACAACAAGCGCUCCACCAUCACCUCCAGGGAGAUCCAGACCGCCGUCCGCCUCCUGCUGCCCGGGGAGCUGGCCAAACACGCCGUGUCUGAGGGCACCAAGGCCGUCACCAAGUACACCAGCUCCAAGUAACCGGCUCCGAGGAACCGGCUCCGAGGAACCGGAUCUAAGUAAGAGCUGCUGGUUCCGACCACAUAAAGGCCCUUUUCAGGGCCACACACCAGGCUGAGAGCUCACUUCCUGCCCAGUCUUUCCCCCAGAGUCUCCCUGACUGUUACAGAUAAUACCACAGAAGAAGACUGAACUUGACGAGUCUGAUGUUAUUUUAAUCAAGCUGUUUAAAGGUUAAAUGUCUCCCGAUCUGAACAUCAGCUGUUUGACGUUCAGGCAGCUUCAGGUGACGUCAUGGUCCAUGCGGUCAUGAACGGGGUCGGACUAUCACCUGGGUUUGAGCGUAGACAAGGAUCCUGCAGGACCCAGAUCAGGUUCGGUUCUACAGUCCAUGGCAGUGCUGAACCUCUACAGGUGUGAUACGACCAUUGUCAGACAGGUUGGUUGUAGUUACCUGCCGUCACUGAUUGCUCACGUUGCACCCUGGGUAAUUUAACGUGUGAAGACGGGACUCGAUUCGUCUAGUCGGGGAAUCGAACCCCGGUCUUCCAAGUGACAGGCUGAGAUACUGUCCACUAUAGUAACGAGGAGAGGUGUAGAGUGACGUCAGACUUACCUGGACAGGUGCGGGAGGUCAGCCGCUGUGAAUCGGUGAAGUUAUUGAUCCAGAUAUUGAUUGAUGUCAGUGUCACAUGUAUAUCUGAGUGUAUUUAGUCUCAGGUGGUGUUACUGUGGUUUGAUCUCAGUGCUGUAAGACAGGUGUCACACCUGUACCUGGUAAUACAUUGUCUGAUAGCCUCACUUCACUGAGGAUCGAUAGUUUGACUGGAUCAGUGAUCUGAUGAUCUGAUUGGCUGAGCUCCUGUGGAGAACACGUUCCUUCAGUCAGACCAGAACUAGUUCAGAGCUGAGAUGUUGUUGACACGUGACAGUCAGGUGGUUGAGUUGCGUUCACUGUGAGUGCGUUCACUCCAGUGUUGCGGUUGAAUGGUGGUUUAGAUGCGUUCAGUGACAGUUGGACAUUACAACAUGUUGCAGUGUGGCGGUUCAGAGUGAGGCCUGCUGGUAGUUUUUAACAUCUGAAGGUUGUUAACGAUGAAUCAUUGUCACUGUCAGCAGGUUAAAGGUCAGUGUGACUUCCACAGCCUGUGAUUGGCUGUUUCACUGGCUCUUUAAAGACCAGUUGAAAUGAGGAUGUUUGAGCGCAGAUGGAUCACGUGUCGACACGUUCACUGUCCCUCUGUAAACUUGUAAAACUAUUUCUCAUCUACUCUCGCUCAUCUCACUUUUUUAAAACUAUGAACUUUAUUAUAAUAUAUACUUUAUAACUUAUAUAUAUAUUAUAUUUGUUACUAGAAUAAUACAAUUGCACGUCUGCAGCUAGUACAGAAUGUAACCGGCACAAGGAAGUUCGAGCACAUUACACCGAUUAGAAUAGAAUUCAUUUUAAAAUUCUUUUAUUUGCUUUUAAAGCCUUAAAUGGUCUUGCCCCAAUGUACCUCUCUGAGCUUCUGCCCCCCGAGCACAAGCCGCUCUCUCAGGUCAGCUGACCGGCCGCUCUCUCAGGUCAGCUGACCGGCCGCUCUCUCAGGUCAGCUGACCAGCCGCUCCUGAAGGUUCCCAAAACCAGGCUGAAGCUCGGAGGGACCCGAGCUUUCUCUGUUGCCGCCCCGAAGCUGUGGAAGGAGCUGCCACUGCACAUUAGCUUUUAACACUGCUUAGGUUGAUUUUAUGUGCACAGAUAAUUUAGCCAUUUUGUACAUGUUUUAUUGUGUUUUUAAUGAUUCUGUCUUUCACUGUGUCUAUUUAAAUGUACAGCACUUUGGGAACCUUUGUGUUUAUUUAAAUUGUGCUUUAUAAAUAAAGUGGAUUGGAUUGGAAAUGAUGAGCCCUUGAAUAUUUAAUUAACUAAAUAGUUCUAAAUGCUAAAUUCUUAAUCCAAAAACAUAAAUUCAACUAAUCAAUUGGUUUAAUAAACAAACAAAAAAAUUAAUAAGCUUUCCUCAAUUUGAGAAUCUUUUUCACAUUAACUCCGACUGAGGUAACGACACCUGCUGACAGUCAGU